ACUUCGUUGACUGCGAAAGGUAUCGUUAUGCGUUGCAAGAGGAGAACGUCGCAGACGAAUAGAACCUCGCGACAUACAGACAAGAAGUACACGAUCCAAUUGGACUUGGAUUACCUUGAGCGAGGCGGUGGAGGAACACUGACGACGGGCGGAGCUCCAAGCGUAGAGCCAAGCCCAGAAAGCCUUGACCUCGUCAAAGUUGUGCUACUCGGUGCUCCAGCAGUCGGAAAGACAAGUAUUAUCCAGCAAUUUGUCUGGAGCGACUUCUCGGAAGAAUACAUACCUACCGAUCGAAAGCACACCUUCUAUCCAUCGGUGAUCAUCAACGAGCACUUGUAUGAAGUUAAGAUAACCGAUGUUCCUGUAAUCCCGUACUUUCCGAUCAACUCCUACUACGAAUGGGCUCACUACAGAUUUUACGGAUUACGGAACGCCACAGCCUACAUUCUCGUGUUCGAUCUGUCUAAUGUCGAAACAUUUCAGUACAUACGAACGCUACGAGAUCAAAUGGUCGAGAGUCGUGACAUGCGAAAUGUUCCAGUGCUCGUUGUCGGCAAUAAACAGGAUUUGCUUUGCAGCACUACACCGUCGGCGGCAAGCGGUUUGCAACAGCUGGCAAUAGCGGAAAGCGCUUGCGGCGAUUCAAGGGAGAAGCGACGUAACAUUGUGAAUUUAGUGAGGAAACAUUGGAAGUGUGGUUACGUUGAGUGUUCGGCGAAAUACAAUUGGAGAGUGAUAGCCGUGUUCAAGGAGUUAAUGGAAAUGAUUGAUGCACUAGAGUGGAGCGGCGGUGGUAGGAACGCGGAACCGCCUCCUGAUUCAUCCGCCAGUGGCGGGGCUGGUUCGCACGACACUAGAUGUGUGGUUGCUUAGCAUUCGUAAACUUUAUUAACUGUUAUAUUCAGGAAAGGAGAGGAAGUUCGUGAAAUUAAAAUUAAUAAUUACAAAUAUGAGUUUUGUGAAUUAGUGAGAGAAUGGGCAUUAUGGCGUGAAAUAAAUUUGUACUUUAAGCUGUUGU